AUGGCAUCCAAGGCGAUCAGACCUAGGAGCGGACUUCAACCCGGAGUGGUACAGCGGCACGAGCGUCGGCAUGCCGGAUCCAAGGACGCUGCGCCCGCCAACGCCAACCCACUCCCGGAGCGCCACAUAGCCACGUGGCCUCCCACGAAGCCGUCAAGCGCAUACCGCGCCCCGAGCAGCGCCCACAGAGCGGCCCAGCAGCGUCACCCGCGCCGCCAGCCGCGUUAUCAGCAGCGCAGACCCAGCAGUGUCCCGCGCCGCACAGUGCCACCCACGUGGCCAUCAGGUGCCCACAGAGCGCCACCAGCAGCGCCAACAGCAGCGCCAACAACAGCGCCGGACACGUGGUCACCAGCCACACAACGAGCGUCACCAGGAGCGCGCAACGAGCGGCCCCGCGCCCUCAGCAGCGUUCAGCGCCCAUCGGGCGGCGUCAUUUGCACCACCAGCAGCACCCACCGAGUGCCUACCGAGUGCCCACCGAGCGCCACCAGCAGCGCCCACAGCAGCGCCCAUCAGCAGCACCCGCCACGCUACGAGCGCCACCAAGAGCGCCCAACGAUCAGCGCCGCCGCUCACCAGCCGCACUCACCGAGCGCCAACGGGAGCACCAGCCGCAACCACAUCGGUCAGCCAGUGCACGUCAGCAGCACCUGCCGUGCGCCCAGCGCCCAGUCACGUCACUAG